AUGUCAGUCCCUACCACCCGAUUCUCAAAUGAGGACGAUAUGUCUCUCGUAAACAAAUGUAAAGCCUUUAUCGAGACAUACACUAUGAGUCAGUGGGACUGGUGGCCUCUGCAACCUCGAGUUCCCGGCUUGACUCCCGGUCAUCUACGACUUGAAUGGGAAUUUUGCGGCGAGACACUGUACGAAACGAUAUCUCUCCAGGAGUCAACAUUAAUACAGCAAACUUUGGAUGCAAUGAACGAGCAUCCCCCUAAGUGUUAUUGCUGCAAAGUGCGACCGGUGCAAUUGAGUUGGACCACAAUAUUUGAACACAUAUAUCAUAUUAUCUGGAAGGCUUUGCCAAUCAAAGCAACGAGUCCUUCGCCAACUGCACUUACUCAACUAUCAAAAGCCAAUCUGCGCUACACUCCAACCAGAAACACUUGCGCCAAUAUUUCACCCUCGUUACCACACGGAAAGCAGCCACUACCACCUCAAGGUAGCCCCCCAAAUGGCAAUUUUGUGUUCAGCAUCAAGGACAUGUGGGGAUUUCAUAACAUCGAGAACAUUGAGAACCAUUCGCAAUUGAGCGAUCCUAUGUUCUUUGAAGAAUUGAAAAAGAGACACAAAAGCCACCGUUGGUGCUUUCAACAUUGGUUAUCGCCAUACAGGUUUCGAUACUGCCGAUUCGUCCAGUUUGAAGAAAUCCUUGAUGAGCAUGUUUCCUGUGUUGGAGAAGCACUUCCAGAUCAUCAUGGUUAUACCACGGACUACGAGUAUGAUCCGCGACCGCCAACUGCGAAAAUGCCUCUUAUCGACCCUACCCACUUUUCAGUUCUUCUUCGCGCGUGUAAUACUAUCUGCUACUCGUCUUUUCUACCUGUAUACGUUCACAAGUGCCAACACAUCCCGGCUGACCGUCGAUUUCUCACGCGUAUUCCUCAGAAGAAAGGAACAUACGACGCAUCCUCGCGUGUACAUGCGCCCAGUCUCAACUACAUUAAUCGAGUUGCGUUUGGCGUUGAAGCGGGAUAUUUUCCAUCCUUAGCUUUCUUUCUUGCCUACCAUGUUUUUCUAAUUCUAUCGGGCUUCAGCUUUUGGAUUUAUUGGAUGGCAUAUCUUCCUGAGGACUUACAGAAUGCUUCAAUACCCCUCUUCACUAUCAUCAUGCUUAUCGGAACGUUCUGGGGUCUAUUUGGGAAACGAAUAAGUAUUUCUUAG